CAACUUCCCUGGCUGCUGUUCGCCUAUGCAGCCGGUCCGCGUCGGGAGUGAAAUCCUGGCGGCUAGGGCGAGAUGGCCACAGCGUUUCUGCCGUAAACCGUUGCUUGCUGGAUUAGAUGAAGAACUAACGCACCCUGCGAGCAGCGUGGCUCGUGACCAUCACUUCAUCAUCCUUAUCCAGACCUACCCUAGUAGAACAGCAUGGCUCGGAGCGGGCGUGUGCCCAAGCAGUCUCGGCAGAGGUUGAUGAGUUUCGUCAAAUACAUCUCCAAAAAGCCCCAGAAGCUUCAAAACAGACAACAAAGCAAGAAUUGUCGCUCAACAGGAAGAGGAGGAGGAGUCGCCGCCGUCAUAACCCCCCUGCCUACCAAUCUUGAUACCAAGCCGUCCGGGAGCACAGUGCUGUUCUGGUUAAGUCGAUUCUUCGGCUCUACCACGACGGAGCUUGAAGCACGCGAUGCUCGUGAGUGCAGCCCUUCCCCGCUACACCAACCGCAACUACGAGUCGAGCCCCGCCGAACCGAUGACCCUCCCGGCCCCCUCCCCUUUGGCCUGGCGUUUCCGCACGGUGACCUGCCGAUGGCCAAGGUUCUCCACGCGACCGGCGCCUCUCCCUCUCCCCGCGCAAGCAACAACGGCGAAGUCCCUCGCAUGCUUCGCCUUUGUCGCUCAGAGCCCCUCCCUCCUUCGUCGACCAGCCACGCUUGAGCACCGGUUC